AUAUUCUGAAUUUAUUUCCUCGUUCUUCAGCGUUCAUUACAUUAACACAGUACAAACUUUGCACAUUUUGAAACUGGUCAACCUGACUGAAGAUUCAGCAACCAUGAUGCGUCUUGCAGUAUUGCCAGUAUUUGGAUUUGUGGUUCUUAUGAUAGCAGAACCAUGCAUGCUGACAAGUGUCAAUGCUUCAGCUGGCCCCGUACCUUAUAAUUGCAUGCACUGCAUCUGCAUUGUGGAGUCCAACUGCAAGAUGCCUAAUCCUGUAUGCCAUAUGGACGUUGGAUCGCUGUCCUGUGGACCCUACCAGAUCAAGAAAGCAUACUGGAACGACGCCAGACUGAAGGGGGGUUCUCUCAUGGGAGACUGGAAGAAAUGCACAGCCACCUUUACCUGCAGCGAGGAUGCUGUCCAAGGGUACAUGGAGCGCUACGCUAUCUACAGCCGCCUUGGUCACAACCCAACGUGUGAGGACUUUGCCCGCAUCCACAAUGGUGGUCCUAAUGGAUUCAAGAACCCCGCCACGAUUCCUUACUGGGACAAAGUCAAAAACUGCCUCGAGCGCAAGUAAUUAAACAAAACAUCGUCAUUCGUUUAUUUUCAGAUGAUAAUAAUCAAGCCUAUUGCAAAAAGUCCCAGACGUUCUGAGUUUAGGAUGAAAUUAUGUAAUACACAAAAAAUGAGAAAGUUACAUCUCAAUAAUGGAAAAUUCCAGUUCCCUUAAUGUAGUGGGGUCAUUUAUAGAUUUAAUUAACAGCAGUUAUCAGUUGGAUUGAUUUGCGAAAAAUAAUAGUCGAAAAAUUUGUCGUGUGAUAUAAAUGCUGCUUUUGCCAGGUAAAAUGGUAGUAAGUUGAAAUGUCUAAACAGAAAUCACUCCUUAGCCAUUAAGAGUUGUGAACCAAUUGAAGUUUGAAUCAAAUUUGCUUUUUCGGUUAGGGCCUACAACUACCAAAAGAAACUGCACAUCCGAUCAAACCGAAUGCUGGUUAUUUAUACGGGCCAGGGCGCGCUAUCGAUUAAAAGACAUAUCGCUUCUCUUGUGACGACGUCAUCAUGUAUUACGUAAAACCGCCUGGGUAAUGCGUUUUUCUUUCUACAUGUAUAUCUCCAGAACUACAAGUGAAAAUUGGGUAUAAUUCAUGACAGUCAUUUAGAAAUCCUACAAAGUAUUACCAUUAGCCGUGUUAUGUUGGCUCAAAUGAGCAUGCAUAUUUGUUGAAAUGAAAUAUUUUCUGCUGUUUUCCUUUUUCUGUUUGUUGUGUUUCUUUGCUGUUUGUUACUCUGACACAUUUUCGAAAGCGUACUCGGGUAGUCUUAUAUUUGGGCAUACUGGUAAUGUUUAAAGCAACUGGUGUGAAGGUACUUAAGGAUAGAUGUAGCCCACUACAACUAUCAUUGGAUUUCCUUGCACUCCCUUGACUGGUUCCAUUUGGUUUAAUUCAAGCGCUUCCAACUUUGUUUUUUCCACUGGAAUACACUAAUGUUUGAUGCGUCGAUGGAGUAAAGGAUUCUCUUGGAGGAUAUGCGAAAUUACAAAAGUGUAAUGAACUCUUGGAAGUCUAUGGACUGAAGUUCUGUCAAGGGAAGCAUUUGCAAAGUGAAUGUUCCGUAAGGCAACAUUUUAAACGGAAUGCCCAUUAUGUAGCGACAAUUUCUCUGAAAUAAAAACAACACAGGAUAAAGUGCGGAAGUACUCAGUGCAGGAA